UUCGCAGCAACGUCGGACACCACGGUAUUCAGUUGCGUAUUGCACGCUAUACUGUUCACGUGUUCGGUGUUUCCGCGAGGGGCACGCCAUAUUGUACAACAUACCAAUCGACAAUACGAAACGCGAGACCGUCGGAUAUAUACUUUCCGUCGCCUCUUUUACCGUCUUCCUCCACGUAUCAGCACUCGGGGAAUCUCAGGAUGAGCGAUAUCGAGAGGAGUGAUAGUCGCAGCGCAAGUCCUCGGAGACCAAGGACUGCGGAUGAUGGUGGCCUAAGAGACUCACGCUCACACUCGAGAUCACGAAAGUCGCGCGAACACAAGGAUUUACACAGAGAUGUCAAAUAUUCAAGAUCAUGUAGUCGUUCCGUAUCACGUGGCCGUAAGUCGUAUCGUGGCAACAAGUAUACCAGCAUUGGCAAUCGCGGUAGCAGCCGCAGUCGCAGCCGUUCUCCGUACAGAGGUGCUCGUUACUCGCGCAGCAGAUCUCGUUCGUAUUCACGAUCUCGAUAUUCUCGCGACCGACAUAUGUAUCAAUCUCACUCGCGAAGUCCAAUGUCAUCCAGACGAAGACACGUCGGCAACCGCGAUAAUCCUUGCCCCUCCAGAUGCCUAGGUAUCUUCGGAUUGUCUAUUUUCACCACAGAACAACAAAUCCAUCAUAUAUUUUCAAAAUAUGGUCCUGUAGAACGGGUUCAGGUUAUUAUCGAUGCAAAGACUGGUCGAUCGCGAGGAUUUUGCUUCGUAUAUUUCGAAUCAUUGGAGGAUGCCAAAGUGGCGAAGGAGCAGUGUAGUGGAAUGGACAUCGAAGGCAGACGAAUAAGAGUAGAUUUCUCGAUCACGCAGCGUGCUCACACUCCCACGCCAGGAAUAUACAUGGGAAAACCUACGCAUUUGCACGACAGAAGCUGGGAUGGGCCCAGACGUAGAGAAAUCAACUACAGAGGAAGCUACCGUCGCUCACCCAGCCCAUACUACAACCGUCGGCGUUCUCGCUACGAUCGUUCCAGAUCACGCUCUUACACGCCACGUCGGUAUUAAGUGACACGAGUGUGACGCGACAGGCCAGGUGGAAGUCCAUUUCUGACAUGACCCGAAUAUUUCUUCUCUCGAUCGAUACCGGGUCAAAUAAAGAGAGACAUAGAAAUGAUACAUUCGCAUUGCUAUUCUUACCUUACUUUUUACCUUAUACUUGCGUUUUAUCGCCGAUCUGUAUAUCAAUAUUUAACGUUGCAUGAUAUCAGUUGAUGAUUUUAUUAGCGACAGGUAAGGUUGGAGUAAGGUUUGAAUGAACGUGAUUUUCAUAAGUUCACGUUACUUACUAAUGAUAAUUAUGAAGAUAAGGGUUAAAUCACUUAACGGAAUAUUUAGCUGCAUACUGUGAAGGUUGGAAUACAGUUGAGCGUUAUGAAUACUUUGGCAAUUUGAAUUAGUUCGACGAUAUUAGGUCCUCCGCUUACUGUAUUACAGCUAUACGUUGGAAAGAAUCUGAUAAAAUUGUCGGUACAUUUCUCAUAGUCUCUCGAAAACCAAAAAAUGAUAUAUAUAAAUAAAUAAAAGAAAGAAGGACAAAAUGGGAAAAAAACAAAAAUAAUAAUACUGUACCUAAAGAUAGAAGUAUGUUCUCUAACCUGUUUGUUUGUUUAUAAGGUUUUGAAUCAAGAGGUAUUGGAUGAUAAAGGGAAGUUUGAAGUUUCACUCUGAAAAAAUGAGUUUUGAAAAAUCGAAGACAAGAUAUCCGAAGAACACGUUUAUCUUGCUCACAUUGUCAAGAACCCGAAGGUUUUCUCGCGCUUGUGACAAAGAAUAUGAUCCGAAUUCCGCAUUCAUUUCCGGCUGAGAAGUCUCAAGCCUAGAAGAGAACUUCAAGCGCUCAGUAAUGCAAGCCUCAAGAAGUCAGUCAGAAUCGUUGAUCGUCAGACCCCGACCGGGACGAGUCGUUUGGUUGGAGGUGAAACUUGGCCGAACAUUUACGAAAACGUUCAAGAAGCAUCGAAAAUCUUUUGCAAAUAGCGACGAGCGAAAGGUGCUCCCGAAGGUUUAAACCGAUCAUAUUCUUUAUCAAUUAGUUUGUUGCAUGCCAACGUUCGCUUUAGAUGCAUACACAUAUAUACAUACAUAUAUAUAUUCUGUGUGAGAAUAAAUAAAAGUUCGCCAUCCCCUCCCUCCGCCAUCCUGAGACUUCUGUUUCCUCCAGAAAGCUUUAUUCUGUUUUAAAUUUUGCUAAGGAUUGAUUAAUCAAACUUUAUUAGUAGCAUUUCAUCAAUAAAUAUUGUUUCUACCAUGCA